GCCCGGACGGCGAACUCUUUACAGGGUCGGCGACGGAAUGCGAGCGUCUGGGAGGGCUGCUGUACCGGAAAUACGCAAGCUCCUCGUUCGUCAUGCAGAUUGCCAUGGGCGCAUCGGAGUGCGGACAACCGGGCCGACCGGAGAAGAAAGAUCGACACGGGGUCAUCAAGCAAGUCUACUAUGAGCCUACCGCGCCACCCGGGUGCAGUUUCCGCAUCGACCACGGUAAAGAUGGCGAGGACAACUGGCGCACCUUCUACAAUCGAGCGUACAUGGCGCCGCAGAACCUGGAUAACUACGGACCCGGAGAGUGCGUCUUGAACCAGUUUAUCGGUAUCUGUACGUUCCCCGCGAAUCCCGGCGUGCUAAAAUACUGGCUGGUCAACGAAGACAACAUGAAUUGCGAAAAGGCGGGCGACUUCGCUGGGUUUAAGGUGAUCCAAACCGCGGGGCACUGCGGCUACGCAGCCGG